AUGGGUAAGAAAAUUAAAGUGAAAUCACCAGCCAAGCCAUCAAAAGAACUAAAAGUCAUAGAUGACAACCCAACUUUUAUGGUUCAGAAUAUACUGAGAACUAAACUAGCUCAGUUUACACUACCUGAUGAUUUAACUGGCCUAGAGAAAGAAAAAAGUAAAUUAUAUGAUUUGAUAAAUAGAACAGCAUCUACAGGAGAAAGUAACUCUGUUUUAGUUAUUGGACCUAGAGGAGCUGGGAAAUCAUCACUUAUAAGAAAAGUUCUAAGUGAGUUGAGACAACAAAAAAAUUUCUCAAAAAAUUUACUUCAAGUCCAUUUAAAUGGUUUGCUGCAAACAGAUGACAGGAUAGCUCUUAAAGAGAUAACUAGACAGUUACAACUUGAGAAUACAGUGGGAGACAGAGUAUUUGGGUCAUUUUCUGAAAAUUUACAGUUUCUUUUAGAUGCAUUAAAAGCAGGAGAUCAGAAGAGUAAGCCAGUGUUAUUUGUUUUGGAUGAAUUUGAUUUAUUUGCUCACCACAGAAAUCAGACAUUACUUUAUAAUUUAUUUGAUAUAUCACAGUCAGCACAGACACCUAUUUGUGUUAUUGGUUUAACUUGCAGAUUGGAUGUUAUAGAGUUAUUAGAAAAAAGAGUAAAAUCCAGGUUUUCUCACCGACAAAUUCAUGUUUUUAAUAAUUUAACAUUCCAAGACUACUGUAAAGUGUGUAGAAACCUGCUUUAUUUACCAACAGAUUUUAAACAUGAAUCUUAUUCACAGAUCUGGAAUUCGCAUAUUGAUGAAUUACUUGAAGAAUCUGUUGUACAGGAUGUUUUAAAGAGACAGUACCAUUUAAAUAAAGAUGUCCGUGGCUUACAAAAUUUGCUGAUAGAUCCCGUUUGUAAACUCUCUGAAUUAAACCCCACAUUGACAACCUCUGGUAUAGUAGAUUCAUUUAAACAGAUAACUACUGAUUGUAAAGCUGCAGUGUUACAUG